UCAGAGACAUGUGCGUACGCUGUGCCAGCAGACAGCUUCAGCUCUCAACGACUGAUGACCAGGCAGCCGCCGUAUCUACCUUCCCCUCCUUUUUUGCUCCCGGACCAUUAUCCUUCUUUCAUUUCCUUCCUACAUUUCUUCCAUUCAUCCCGUCUGUACUUUCCCCUUCCUUUCCUCUACUCUGUCAUUCUGCCCUGCACUUUUCGUCAGCCGGAUAUAAAAGGCAGGUCCCGUUGGUGGGAGAAGGGAUUGUGUAAUCUCUGGCUGCACAUGAGCACCUGAGGGUCGCUGUUUUAGCUGGAAAGUCAACCUCAGAGUGGACCAGUAAACAUCUGGAGCACAAACUCUGAACUAAGAGGAAGAAGAGGGAAUACCACUGGGACAAGAAAAAGGAGAAAAAGAAGGUUUUCAGAGCAAGAGACAAGGAAUUUAGGUGCAUGCCACAGACCAUGCCGGGUUGCUUGGUGGUGCUGCUGUCCCUGCUGGUCCUGUCCACAGGAAGAGAUGCCAGAAGAAUAAGGAAAAGAGGGCUAAACCAUAAGGACUAUGAGUACCCCAAUCAUCCUCAGUCCACACAGCACCAAAAGAAUGACCGGUGUCCACCGCCACCCCAGAUGCUGCCGGAGCGAGCCUGCGAGGUGCCAGGCUGCCGCUCAGACUCAGAGUGUGAGCGCCACAAACGAUGCUGCUACAAUGGAUGCAUCUACGCUUGCCUGGAGUCCGUUCAGCCGCCACCAGUGUUGGACUGGCUGGUGCAGCCCAAGCCUCGAUGGUUGGGUGGUAACGGCUGGCUGCUGGACGGCCCGGAGGAGGUCCUGCAGGCUGAAGCAUGCAGCACAACUGAGGAUGGAGACGAGCCUCUUCACUGUCCGACAGGUUAUGAGUGCCACAUCAUCAACCCAGGGAAUCCUGCAGCGGGCAUCCCCAACCGGGGACAGUGCAUCAAGCAGCGCGGCAACUCUGAUGGGCGCGGCCUGAGGCACAAAUACUUUAAGGACUACAAGGACUACUUAGGAUCCAGUUCUAACAAUGCAGUAGGCUAUGAAAAACAUCAUCACAAGCACUUGGGAUGAAAUAUAUUGGAGCCACUUUGAACCAUGACGUUGUCUUAAAAGUCAUUGUCAUCAUAUCUUCCUUCAAAAGACCGUAUAUUGUUUUUGUUUUUUUGUGUGUGUGUCAUAAUCACUUUCAGCCUGACUCAAGCCUCAGCUAUGACCAUAACACAAUCUCAGGCAUCAGUCCAGUACUGUUUGAUCGGUUCACACCUGAACCAGGAUCAGAUCUGACCUUUUCAAAUAAACCAACAGAUGCUACCUCCUCUUUGCAAGACUCCGUCUUGCAGCCUCUCCUCUGUCACACGUCCUUUGGGAGACAAGCCUAAUGUACUGUACUGACUUUGUGCAGCCAAAGAACAAGGUGGUUGUUGUUGUUGUUUUUUUUUUGUUUGUUUGUUUUUCAGUUUUGUGUCUGUCAAAGGUUGAGGUUGAGGAUGGUGGUGUACAAAAGGAAAAAAAGCUGAAGAAGAUUUAGCAGGUUGUGCCUUGUGGUUGAUAAUCAAAAAUCUUAAAGGAAAUAAGGAACAAAUGUCAGUUUUUUAGUGGUUUUUUUUAGGUCUUUGCAGCGCUGACCUAGUCUGCAACUCAUUUAUUAUUCCUACAAAAAGACAGUGUCUCACACGAAACAGGCUGUGUCGGUCGGCAGAGAAAAUCAAGACCAUGUGGCUCUCUUACUCAUUCUCCGAUCAACUCUGCUCAAAGCUCUCCUGAAAUCUGGAAGGUUUUACUGAGAGAGAAGAAAAAUUCCUGCUGAAGUCCAAAUGGGGCUAAAUAUCGAAACUAAUAAUUCUAAGUGGUACAAUUAAUACCACAUGAGUGUUUGGAAUGAAACAGUGUUGAAGGAUUUAGAUCAACUCUGUAUUUGUUUCAGCAAGAACAUGCCGCCGUAAAUUUCAAGUAAGAUGGAACAGAUCUGUGAGAGGACUCAUUUGAGACGCUCCUCUUCUGUAGAAACAUCUUAUAUGUAUAUUUAGGUUGAAUAAUCCCUUUCAAAUGAAAAAGUAUGUAUCAAAUCUGAAAUUAAGGUUAGUUAAUGGUGCAAUUCAUACAGUCAUGAUCACUUGAGUAUUCCCUAAUUUAAACUGAAAAAAUAAAACAAUCUGCUCCUUUUUAUUAAAAUAUGAUCCCAGAUCAAGCACUAAGAUGGUAUUGUAAAAGGCUUUUAUAUAACAAAUCUAAAUAUCCUCUACGUUUAUUCUAAAACUUCAUCAGCUUUUGCAGGUGUCCAGAUUUGUUCGUAUCUGUUAUAAAGUCAAAUGGUGCUCUGGUUAAUUGCUGCCAAACAAAUGAAUAAGCUGAUCAAAUGAAAGUGUGAAAUAAAGCCAAUCUUCUGUGCAGAUCGUUGGUAAUGUAACAUUGUUUGUGCCUUGUAUAUUCUAAAUAAACCUCAUGACUGACA